UAUAAGAAAUUAAUUUACAGAAUUUAUCAAAUCUAAGUAUUAAUAAAAAAAUGAAAUCAAUUUAUGUAAAAAUAUAAAUAUUUAAUCUAAAUGAACUCAAAACAACUUCAGUUACAACAACGUCCACAAAAACAAUUUUAAAUACAUCAACAACAAACUCAAAAAUAAAACUUAUUUUAUGAUGAUGGCAAAUCUUUAAAUGUUUAACUAUUUAAAACAUUGAAAUAGCCUAUUCACAAUAUUCCUUCAAUUAAUUAAAUAAUCAAUUUCCAUCCAAAUUAACUCAAAAACCCUUUCUAAAGUCCUCAACAAAAAUAUCAAAUGGCUAAUAGAUAAUUAAAAUAAUCUUAAUAAUCAGCCUCUGCAGUACGAAAAGACAUCAAUUAAAACUAAAAUAAUAAUCAAAUAAUAGAUAAUAUUCGAUAUUAACAUUAUUCUCCAUAAAUUUAAAAUAUGUUACCUUAAAGAAUAAUAUAAUAAUCUCACAACAAUUAAAACAAUUAAAUGAUUUAAUUUUAAAGAAAUACAAAUAUACAUCACUAAUUAGAUUGGUUGAAUUAACAAAAUAAUGAUUAAGUUAUAUAAGAUUAAUUCGACAUAAAAAGGGCUAUGAUUCGACCAUAAUUCAAUAGUUUUAAAACAACUGAGUAUCUAAAAAAAAAAUAAUAAUUAUUUUAAGAACUUCGAAAUCCAUAAAUAAUUACAUAUGAUAACGAUGAUUAUAUAGAUCCAAAAGAUAAGUAAAUAAAUAAAAAUUAAUCUAUAAAUGAUCUUAUAACUAAAGUAUCUUUCGAAAUAAAAUGCUUAUAAAAAGAAUGCAAAUUAAAAAUUGAAGAAUCAUAAUAUUUACCUGCAAUGAUAAGUAUUAAAAGUUAAGAAUUAGAUUCUGUAGAUAAUGAAAUGAGAGUUGGAGUAGAUUUGGUAUAUUAUAUAUAAUAAUCAAUAGAUUUGUUUAAUAGAUAGAAGUGGAAGUAUGGCAAAAGAGAAAAUUAAAAUGGUUUAACAAACUCUAAUUGUUUUACUUGAUUUUUUAGGUGAUUAAGAUCGUCUUUAAUUAAUUAUAUUUCAUUAAAAAGCGAAUUAAUUGACUCCAUUAAAAUGUGUAACUUAAUAAAAUAAAGAAUAUUUUAAGACAAUAAUUAAUUAAAUAUUUGCUUUAGGAGGAACUAAAAUAUCUGAAGCUACUAAUAUAGCAUUUUAAUAAUUAAAUAAUCGAAGAUAUAAAAAUAAUGUAAGUUCAAUCUUUUUAUUAUCUGAUGGACAAGAUCCAGAAGCAGCAAAUGAAAUUAAAUAAUAAAUUGAUAUUGUUAAAGAUCCAUUUACAUUACAUACUUUUGGAUUUGGAGAUAGUCAUGAUGCAGAAUUGAUGACAUCUAUAUGCAAUUUAAAAAAUGGAAGUUUCUAUUUUGUUUAAGAUAUCACAUUAUUAGAUGAAUUUUUUGUAGAUGCUUUAGGAGGAUUAAUUUCUGUUAUUGGAGAAUCAAUUCAAAUUUCAAUUAAAUCUAAUCCAGAUUAACCAUUUUAAAAUAUUUAAAUAGCAAAAACAUAUGGAAAUAUGUGGUAAAAAAAUAAUUAAUCUUAUUAAAUCAACUUUCCUUAAUUAAUUUCAGGAACUAGAAAAGAUUUUGUUUUUGAAAUUUUUAUACCUAAAUUUACAGAUAAUGUAAACAAUUAAAAAGUUAAAAUUAUUGAUGCAAAUAUUUAAAUAAAAAACCCAUUAAAUGGAGAAAUUAUUUAAAAAGUAACAAAUUUACAUUUAACUUUUUUUAAUCCAAAUUAAGAAAUACCUUCUAUAGAGGAAGAUUCUGAGGUUUUAACUUAAUAUUUCAGAGUUAAAGGAACUGAGGCAAUUGAUGAAGCUAGAAAAGCAUGUGAAUUAAACUAAUUUGAAGAUGCAUAAUCACGUAUUAAUCAUAUUUUGUUACAAAUAUAAUAAAAUUAGAAGGCUGCUUCAUUAUGUGCUGGAAUUAUUUAAGAUCUAGAUUAAGCAAAAUAAGCAUCUUUAAUCACUUCAUACAAAUCUUUUGGAUAAAAGUAAAUGUAUUAAAUGGUCACAAACAAUUAUCUUUAAGGAGGAAUUAAUUCAGUUUUUUCUGCAAACGGAUAAUAAUUACAAUAAAAAUAACCAGCUCUUUAUUCAAAUAAAAUCUAAUAAUUUAUGAUGAAUAAAGUUCAAAAUCAAAAAUCAAGAUAGAAUUAUUGA